AUGGCCGAGAGGGAACUUAGCUCUCCUGCAGGUACACCUUUCAGACUUUACCUGUACUGGGAGAAGGUUCAGCCUCUGGAAGGUGAAUGCGCAUUCAAUCCUAGCUUGUCCAUGGAACCUCUAAUGAGGAAUUGGACUGAAGCUGCAGCCUCAAGGAGAGACAAGUUUGAUUAUGACGACGGCCGUGGCCGUGGUAACAUCAAGAGAUUGUUAGAGAAGUUGAACCAAAAUGGUGUGAUGUACAAGCCAGCGGCUGCUGUGGCUUCCGGCAACAACGAUGCAGACCUAGAAGUGGAUUCCUUUGAGAAUGAGCCUGACGAGCCUGUUGUAAACCAGAACAACGAUGAUGAGGAAAAAACACCUGCCAAGUUAAAUGUUGACAAGACAACGAAGCCUACUGAUGAGUGCGGCACAACACCGGAGAACCCUUGGAUUGUAGGUAAUUCUCCUCGAGCAGAAUCGUCCGACAUUGACAUUUCUGCAAGUUCUAUCGACAGGAUGGUGGGUAAGAGCAAGGGGAAAAAGUCUGCAGCAACCGCAAAAGAAGACGAUGUUAUAUCCGGGAAGCGCCGACGGACUGUUCCCAAGAAAUUUGAAUCCCUCUUUAAACUGGACAAGCCCGGCAAGCAAAGCGCUCGCGCUCUGUUUAGUGACAAUGACGUGGAAGGCUCUGUUAAGGACGAUUUGACACCGGAACUCAUCGAUGUUGCUGUUACGCUUGUGGAGGCAGCUGCUCGGUCUGAGAAGAAUAUGACAAAAAGAGUUUACUACAAUGAACGUGGCAUCUCUGUGACUGUGGAGAGUAUACGACCGAUUAUCAGACACAUUUGGCUCUGCGCGUUGGUCAUGAUCGGCACCUCUGUCCAGCCUGGAGGUCCAAAUACCUUGUUGAUCUCGUUUAUCCCGUUGAACGUCGGCAAUACACACUGGAUCACCGUGGUGAUGCACAACCGCAAGAAAGAAUUUCGAGUUUUUGAUUCGCUCUAUCCUCUCGAGUUCCCUCUCGACACUGUGAAAGCACUGCGGCUAGCAAUAGCAAUUGAUAUGGAAGAGGCAAACCGUAUUACACCUGGCAAAUAUCCAGACGUCACUAAGUGGCCUAUCAUACCUCAGAUCGACAUGCCACUACAAGAGGAUGGGAACUCUUGUGGCCUUUUUGUGAUUGAAGUUAUGGAGCAUUGGGACGGGGAUCGAUGGACCGCCGAUUUUACCCAGGGCACGGUUAAUGCAAGGAGAAGGCGUCUCGUCGCCGAGUUGGUUCUCUCACCUACCAACACGCUCGAAUGUGUGAAGAACAAAAUCCGCGACAUCGCAAAGAAAAGCAAGGCGUGA